AUGUCUGCUACAGAAACUAUUGAGCUUCGUUCCAAUACCGGCACAACCGGAGCAGAUGUUCCCAACUGGCAGGAUUCUACGGCCCCGUCAGAUCCCGAUAGCAUCGUUGAGGCGUCUAGAAUUGCCGACGCCAGCGUCCCUGACGGCGGCUACGGGUGGGUCAUAGUCGCGUCGUGUAGUACGAUGUGCUUUUGGUUUGUCGGCACAAGUAAGUUCCUUACCAAAUUCACCACUGUCCGCGCCUCCAUGCAGGCUUCCUUACUCAUGGAGCCUUGGCUCAUUGACCUGGAGGCCGUGCUGACCUAUAGUUGGGGAGUCAUUCAGGCGGCUUUGAUUGAGAACAAGGUUGCAUCUCCGUCUACCCUCUCGUUUGUCGGCUCGCUCGCCGUCGCCUGCAAUGCCGCAUUCGCGAUCCCUAAUGGCAGGCUUACUCGAGCUCUUGGGGCCCGCAAAGUCGCUCUGCUUGGCGUAUCUCUGAUGGGGUUGGGUCAGAUAUUGAGUGGCUUUUCCCAGAGCAACAUUGGCGGUCUAUUCAUUACCGCCGGCCUAAUGAUGGGUUAUGGAUAUUUUUCGCGCCGCCGAGGUCUAGCGAAUGGUCUCGUCUUCGCCGGUGGUGGACUUGGUGGAGCCAUCAUAAGUCUGUCCAUGUCAGCGAUUGUCGAGCGUCUGGGUACAGCAUGGGCUUUCCGACUGGUUGGCCUUCUGAUGUGGGCUACAGGUCUACCAAUGGCCUGGCUGAUCAGAGAGCGAGCGCCUGUAAAGACGGCCACUUUCAUCGACCUGUCAUUGUUCCGCGAUUUCAAGUUUGUGAUGGUGUUCUUGGUCGGUGCCGUUGCCACUUUUCCCUUAUGCGUUCCUCCGUUCUUCUUACCUCUGUACGCCCGCUCCCUCGGUUUCUCGCCUUACACAGGUGCAGCUCUUGUGGCAGGUUUCAAUUUCUCCUCGGCUAUUGGCCGGAUUGCAACCGGCUUCAUGGGCGACAAGCUUGGGCCUCUGAAUUCCUUGUUCGCGACAUUAAUGCUGAGCGCCCUCAGCAUGCUGUGCCUCUGGCCUGUCUCUUCCUCCCUGGGCCCGCUGGUCGCCUUCGUGAUUGUGAACGGCAUUGGCAAUGGUGGCUUCUUUUCCGUGAUGCCUACUGUUGUGUCCAACGUGUUCGGAAGCGUGCGAGUUUCGGUCGCAAUGGGGGCCGUUGUGACAUCCUGGACCGGGGGCUAUCUGAUGGGUGCUCCAAUCGCUGGCUACCUGCUUGACGCUUAUGGCGGGGAGACAGCCGGCUUCAAAGCCUACAGGCCAGCUAUAUUCUAUGCCGGAUCCCUGGCGUUGCUUUCCGCUGGUCUCGUGGCUUUACUCCGCUUGCGCAUGUCGAAAAGCCCUCUCAAACGGCUGUGA